CAUUCUUCUCACAUUUACCAGAAAAUCAUAAAUAUUCUGUUUUUUGGACUGGCAGUGGUUUUCUCAGAUCAAUGCAACAAAGAUAAUGGCAUCUUCAACCAAGACCAAGGUUACUGUCAACAAAAACUGAAGAAAAAACAAAGAAACAUGGCGAAAAAACUUUUCAUUAUAGGAAAUAUAAACAAAAUCAAACUAUUAAAGAAAGUACUAGCCAACUUGAACAGUAUUGUGUGUUGGCAAUACUUGCUUUAAUCAAAAUGACAUUGUAGAGAAAACAUUUUUUUUUCCCUCAAAACAUUAUGUCAUAUCCUAUCAUAAUGUAUUUUGUCUGAAUAUUCAACAUACAUUCUAGUGGGCUUUUUUCAAGCUGUGGGUGUAUCCAUAUUCCUGUAGUACCACCCACAUGACCCCACAGGGACACGAUCAUACCCUCUCCUGGUCAACAAAACACGUAGACUGGAUUAGCAAACUCCCAUGCUCCCCCUACAAGCUCUGCAAGGGUAAAGAGCUGGUCCACUGUCCCACUGCCAGAACAGAAUCUGCAUUGUUCCUCCUUUAUCCAAGGUUUGACAAUCAGCUGGAGCCUCCUUUCCAGCACACAAGUGUAAACUUUUCCCAGGAGGCUGAGUAGUGAUUCCCUGAUAGUUCAAGCAAACCCUCUAGUCCCUUUUUUUCUUUUUUAAAUGGGAGCCACGACUUCAGUCUGUCACUCCACCGACACUGUCCCAGACCACAUCCAAAGCCUUCAGCAUCUCAGACUCUACCUCCUCUUUGUAGGACGUGUGAGCUGGAUUAAGGAGUUCCUCUAAGUAGCCCUUCCGCCGUCCAACAACAUCCCCAGUCUGGGUCAGCAAUUCCCCACUUUCAAUAGCCUCACCGAACUCCUCACAUAACAGAGUUCUUGCCUCUGCAACUGCAGAACUGCAUCCCAUACCUGAUGGCUUCCAGAAACCCCAGGGCAAGCUGUGCCUGAGAAGUCCUUCUUUGGCCUGAAGAAGGAGGCUGGAGCUUACUUUUGACAGGCACUGAUGGUUUUCAAGCCAUAACACCUAACAGCUGCUUCCUUAAUGGAGGCUUUGAACACCGACCACUCAAAUUCCAUGUCCCCAACCUCUCCCGGGAUGCACGAGAAAUUCCUCGGGAGAUUGUAGUUGAAGACCUCAGGGACGGGGCUUCCACCAGACGUUCCCAGUUCACCUGCACAUCACAUUUAGGUUUACCAGGUCUGUCCAGUAGCUCCCCUCCACCCUGGUACCAAGUAUAUUUACGAGCACCUCUAUGCUCGAACAUGAAGUUCAUUAAGGACAGUCCAUGUCUUGCACAGAAGUCCAACAAUAAAGCACCACACAGGUUAAGGUUGGGCAGGCCAUUCCUCCCAAUCACCCCCUCUAGGUUUCUGAGUCAUUGCCCACAUGAGCUAUAGUGUCCCCAGGUGAGGCCCCCUCUGGUUCAAAACUGCUGUUCAGUGCAUAAGCACAGUCAGAGCCUUCCUCCCUGCCACUUUGAGUCGCAGGGAGACGACGCUCUCGUUCACUGGAGGGCUUGUGAGUAUCCCCACAGCAUCCCCUUGCCUCUCACUCUGGGCGACUUCAGAAAAGGAGAGUCAAGCCCCUCUCCAGGAGCUUUGUUCCAGAACCAGAAUGCUGCAUGUACGUGAGCCCAACUAUAUCCAGUCAGUAGUGUUCCACCUCCUGAACCAACUCCAGCUCCUGCUGCCCAUAGACACUGCACCCGACUUCCCCGCCCAUGCCUGCAGAUGGAAGCAGCCACAGUCCAGGGGGAUCAUGAGAGACUAUUGCACAUCCAGAGAGUCAUCAAAGAACUGCCGAUCCCUCAUUUCAGGACUCUGGAGUACCUCACUAAACACUUGAGCCACCUCGCCACCUUAAGCACUCAGACCAACAUGCAUACUCGAAACCUGGCUUUGGUCUGGGCUCCAAAUCUGUUGAGAUCUAAAGACAUCGAGGCAUCAUCUGCAAAUGGAGACAUGGCUUUCCAGGAGGUGCGGAUCCAACAAUCGGUCAUCGAGUUUAUUCUGAAUCACACAGAGCAAAUCUUCAGCGGCAACUCUGUGCAAAUCAAACCCAAAGAAGGAUUGGGUCUGAAGUGUGGGGAGAAGUAUGCCACACUCCCAAUCAGUGGUCAAGGUGGGCCGAUGAAACUGAUGUCACUGGAGGAAGCGCAGGCUCGCUCCUUAAGUCCAAAUCAUCCUGUUCAUAGAGAGCGGCAGCGAGAGAACAGCCUCCCUGAUACCAGCACAGCCAUGCUCUACCACACCGUCAUCGACAUAUCUGACAGCAAGAGAAAGUUUUCUGGGAAAUCAAAGAAGUGGAAGUCAAUCUUCAACCUGGGGCGCUCUGUGGACUCAAAGGGGAAACUGAGCAGGAACGGGAGUGUGUUCAUCAGAGCACAAGGAAUAAAAGAAAAGGCAGCUCUUCGACCAUCCAGAAGCAUGGAGUCUUUAUGUUCCCUACCAACAGAUGAUGACAGAGGAGGGGCCAACAGUCCAGUAGGUGGAGCUGGCAGCCUUUUUGUUCCAGAUGUAAAAUCCAGGACUCUGGGUUCUGACUCUCUCUAUGAACACGAACAAACCUGGGACCUUAAAGGGAACAAAGCAGCAGGGGCGACUGGAGGAUGGGGCUCUAAUUUGAACCAAAAGGGGUCACCAGGUGCCUCUGCAGCCCCUCAGAAAACACUACCAGAACAGCUGAAGGUGUUCAAAGGUGACGACCUCAGUGGCUACCGGCCCACCUCCCCUAAAAACAGGAGGAUGUUGUACUCAGGCUCCUCCCACAACAGCUCCUCCCGGCCCUCCUUCCCUGGUAGCUUCUUCCCUCUGGAGUCAUCUCCCAGGCAUCAGCGUAGAGCUGUAAACAUAUCUGAGCCUUUUGCAGUGUCCGUACCUCUGCGCGUGUCAGCUGUUAUCAGCUCCAACAGCACGCCAUGCAGGGGGCCCGCCAAGGACAAAGCUGCCACUCUGAAACCUAAAGAGAGCUCAGAGCAGAGCAGCAGCAGUGGAAACAGCAACACUUUCCUUCAACUGGAAGCCAAGAAGCAGGAAGGAACAGAGAAGAAAAACACAGAGGAGCAGACCUCUGCAGUCCUGCCUCAGGAUACAAGCAAAGAAGUGGUACAAGAAGGCCAAGGAAGGAUGAACAUUUCUGAACUGGAACCUCACACCCUUAAAAAAGGAUCACAAGAAAAAGAUGCAGCAGCGCCAUCUCCUGGGGAAGAACAGCAAAAGCAGCCUGUAGCUGUGAAACUGGAGAAAAAAUCUUCUGGUAAAGAGUCGUGGCCUGACCUCAACCAGGAGCUGAAAAUAACCGAACCUGAAAUCGAUCUGCUGGAUGAGACUUUUAAACCAGUUUUUGGCUCUAAGAGCUCUUGUGAGGUCACAAAGUUAACCAUGGAUGUGAAGUCCAAGCGAAGCCGCAGCUCUCCGUCGCUGUCUCUGUUAUUUAGGGAGCAGCCUUCCAAUACCUCUCUGAGUGAUCUUACAACAGUGGGUGGAUCACGCUCUGCAAAAAAACAACCCUCAGAGUCAGACAUCUCAUUCCCUCCUCACACAAACAAAGAAAAUGUCUUCACUGCUGACAGGGAGCAUGACAAAGAGAAGCUGCAACAAAAACCUGAAUCUUCAAACAAAGAAGAAACAGCAGACGCCAAACAGAGUCAGCUCCCUUUGAAGGAAACCAGUUUAGAUAAAGCUGGAAAACCUCUGAUGAUAGAGGAAACCCAGACAGUUGAAGGCCCCUCAUCAGCAGAUGAUGCAGAGAAACAUAAAACUUCACCAGAGGACAUCAAUGUCUCAUAUCAUGGAGGAAAGAAGAGUGUGAUUCCAGAGCUGGAAGUAAUUCAGAGGCUCUCGGUGUGUUUAGAAGAGAGAUGCAACACCCUGGAGCUGCCAAACCUCGACAUUGAUGAAGGAAGUGGAGGAAACUCAGAGGAGCUGGACUUGGUGGAGCCCUGGGAGGAUCUUAGCUCCACCAAGCAGUGGGUCACCAGUCCUCUCCACUCACCUGAUAUAGAGGAGCUGUUUCACCAGCUGUCCCCCUUUAGCUCUCGGGACACUCCAAGCUCGGAAGAGGAAAAGAUUUCCUCUCCUACAGUCGAUGAAAAGAAACAAUCUCUCACGAAGAGCUCAGAAAACUUCUCAGGAAACCUUUCUCAGAACACCAGCAGCAAACCAGACACUCACUGGAUGUAUUUACCGUCAGUGCCAACACGAGUUCGUGCAAACAGCAGCAGUGAAAGCCAGCUUCACGCAGGGAAAUGCAGCACAACAAAACAGAAGAAUACAGCAUCAUCUCAGAGGUUUUUCAGACAGAUGUCUCAUGAGGCGGCUGCUUCAGAGAAAAGAGAGGAGAACUGCUUCUCUAAACACCGGCCAUACUCGCUCAAUUUAGAUCUGGGGCAGCGAUGCAUCAGAGACAUUUCUAACCAGCAAAACCGGAGCUCCUCAGAGUUUUCUUCCUCUAAGAAAGGUUUACAGAGCUCCUCAGGGACAGUCAGCAACGGACUGCCCUCAGAGCUGGACUUGUUCCUGAGCGAUCGUCAGGCACCUCUACGCCGAAACUCAGCCCCGGUCAGCGUGUCGUCUGUGAGAACAGCCUUCAUGAUAAAAACAUGCCAGGCCAAAGCCGUGCCGGUCGUCCCUCCGAAGGUGCAGUACAGUCAGAUCCCUCACUCCAGACAUGAGAGCGACUUUCCUGCAGUGAAGGAACAAGAAAAAGAGCGUCCUAAAAUGACAGCAGAGAAGAGCAACAGCCUGCCUCCUCCUGUGAUGUCUGAUCUAAAAGAGGAGCUGGAGAAUAAAAAACCUGUCGCCAAACACCAAAAACAUGCUAAUAUUGGGAACAGCGCUGAUUCUGUGAAGACCACGUUGACUACAGAGUUGCCAGUCAUAACAAGAAGACAUGCACCAAGUCUGGAGGUGUUUGUAGAUGGUCCCAGACCAACCAGAGGGAAUGUUUUACAAAGACCAUCCUUCAGGAACAGACAAAGACCUCAAAGUCUCAUCCUGCUCAGCCCUCCUUUCCCCAUCAUGGACUACCCGCCGUCUGGAGAUGACACCAGGCUCCUCUCAUCCAUAAAGAGUCUGAACGAGGCAUCAGCAGGGAGCGUGUUCUCGAAGGAGAUGGCAGAGAACUUCAGGGUGCCGGAGGGGAUCCCUAUUCAAAAUAAAAUGACUAUUCCAAAAAGCGGACAGAGGUUAGAGACAUCAACCAGCUGCUUCUACCAACCACAGAGGAGGUCCAUGAUAUUUGACAGCAGGAGCCACCGACAGAAUGAGUGAACGGAGCUAAAGUAACAAACUGUGACAAUGGUUGUAAAUAAAUAGUAUAAAAAGAAACUUAUAGAGGAAAUGGAAAAGAUAAAGUGGAGCAAAGCAUGUCGAUUGCUGUACUGCAGCUUCUUUUUACAGGAAUCCUGGACUCUUCUAAAUUGUGAAGUAUAAGGAAAAAAGUCAAGGAUGCAAAGAGCUAUUUGAAACCUUUUGAGUUUGAUUUAUGGCUGCAGUUUGUGGGAGUUUUUGCUAUCCAUCAAACAGUUGUUUGGUCAGUAAACUACAAAAAACUAAGAUUAAAAUUUCUUAGUAUGGUUUCUAACUUUCUUACUACACCCAUAAAACUUUCUUAAACACCAGCUGCUAAAGCUUAGGGUCUGUAGAUCCAGCAUUUGGUUAGUAAAAAAUGCUGAGAAUUCAAAAUUAUUUAUCAAAAUUGUGGAAAAUUGAGCAGUAAUCUCCUCUCUUGGACGAUGUGGAUGUGCCAAUUGAAUGUGCUGAAACCAAGCUAUAGGAACGAACCUCCCCUGACAUUCAAAAAUUAUUUUUUCAAUUCUUUAGAUUUUUGCAUUGAGGGAGUAUGAACGGGCAGAAUGAGGGCAUAGCUAGGAACAGUAAAACUGCAGACUGUAUGUAAGUUAUGAUAUUGAGCAGGUGAGCUGAAGAUGCUAAAGGGUUGGUGCCUUCAUGUCAUGUUGGGGAUGGGAUAAUGCAAAGCUUAUUUGCUACACAGACUACUCUAGGGAUGCAUGGUAUUAUCUGUGUGAUAUCGGUAUCAGCAGAUGUUUUUGUCAAAAGUGGAAUAUUGGUAUCUGUGAGGAAAGUUGCUCUGUCUUCCUGCUUUCUUUCCUCUAUCCCUCAUCCUCUGUGUGUGCAUCUUAGUUAUUGUGUUGGAGCUGCUUUCAGAAGGCUGCACAAUGUGAUAUUUGAAAACUGACGAUGACAUAAAGACACAAUAAUAAGAAAAAUACAAUUUUUGAUUCAAACAGAGGGGUCUGUACAUUUCUAACGCCCAUUCCUCAUCUGAGACACCGUAUAUCUCAGAAAGGAAGUGCCAUUAUUUGCUGGUACAAUGUAUUUCCAUUUGUUUUUUCAAUUUAACUUGAUUGAUAAAGAAAGUCUGGCAGUUACAUUUAUCAAAUAACCACAUUGAAAACAUAGACUAAAAAAUAUUUCAUAAAUAAAACAGAGAAAGAUCAGAGGUCUAAUCUGGGAUUGACUCAUGUAUAGACCUGUUUUAGAAGUAGUUACAUGAAUGCUGGCUCACUUUAGCUUCAUUAGCUUUAGCUAAAGCCAACAUAGCUACCCUGGCUACAUAGUUAACGUUACUACAUAAGCCAGUGUAGCUACGUGUGUUCAUGGAGGACAAGCUUUUUCCUCUAAGCAGACUGUUUACUCAGCUUUAUCAAAUGUUUUGUAAAAAGGUUUUGCAGGUCAGGUUUUGACUUUUAACUUUUGGUAUCCAAACCCCUCCCCUAACCCUAAACAGAAGUUUAAAAAAAUAUAUAUUUCUUAAGUGUAAGCGUGUAUUUCCGGUCUGACAUAUAUGGCAUCUCAGAUGAACUGUCAUGAGAGUGGGCAUCAGAAGUUUACGGUCUGCAGCCAGACUGUCUUGUGUAUUUAAAGAUAAGAAGUGCCUAAAACAGCACUACAUUUAACCAGUUAAACUUUCUUUUUCAUUAAAAAAUCACACUAUAUAUAACAGAAAGAAAAAGUUUUUUUUCCAAUAUUGUUCAGCCCUCUUGGGUAUCUCCUACAGCAGUGUUUCCCAAACAUUUUUCCUUGGAGCCCCCCACUACAUGUACCUAAAAAUAGCGGAGCCCCCAGGAUCCAAGAGAAAGGAAAUAGUGACACAUUUCCGCCAAAAAUCAAUAUAAAUUUCACUUUUUUCACUGAUAAAACUAUGAAAAAGGCCUAUGCAUGCCUUCGUCAUCAAAAUACCUUUGUACAAACUUCUUGAUAACUGCUUAAUCGUGGUUUUAGUCAAUAUUUGCAAAUCUAAUUUUGACAGCCUCAGAGCAGACAAAGCCUCGCGCCCCCCCUAAGAUCUUUGGCACCCCCCUGGAGGGUCCUGGAUCCCAGGUUGGGAACCAAUGCUCUAAUGGAUGGUCAACUUUGAAUUAAGGGGAUAAAUCAAGAGUAUCCCCAUGUCUGCAGACGCCACCUCUGCAUGUUAUCACAGAAUAACAAAAUGAAAUACAGUAUAUGGCUGCAUGUCUUCUUAGGGCUUCCAAACAAAGACUUACUUGAUUUUACUUGUUUAAAAAUGUUCUUUAUUGUCAUUCUUCUCCAAGAUAAGUUUUUAAUGGCUUUCAUGGAAGCCAGGAGUGUUUGAUAACCGAGGCUUAGCCCAAACUUAGGAGGGUCCGGAGGUACAGGUAAAAAGAUUCAGGGCUUUUGAGAAAACAUUUGUGGCUUCAGCCCUGCAAGCCCACCCCUGGCUCCGCCUGUGGUUCAAGCAGUGAGUAGAUGUAUCAGUGGGAAAUAUGAACAAAAACACAGUUUGCUUUUUGAGAUCUUUAUUGCCUGAAAAAACAACCCGAGCUGCAGUAUAGUACCAA